AUGGCCAACCAGCUCUCAGAGGAAAAAGUUGCAGAGUUCAAAGAUGCCUUCACACUCUUUGAUGAAGAUGGGGAUGGGCUGAUCACCACCAGAGAGUUGGGAACUGUAAUGCGGUCCCUUGGGAAAAAUCCAACGGAAUCUGAAUUGCAAAGUAUGAUCAAUCAGUUAGAUGCCAACAGCAAUGGCAAGGUAGACUUCCCAGAGUUUCUGUCCCUGAUGGCCAAGAGGACAAGGGGUUCUGACAGUGAGGAAGAGAUCCGAGAGGCCUUUCGCGUGUUUGAUAGAAAUGGAGAUGGCUACAUCAGCACAGCAGAGCUGCAACAUGUCCUGACCGUCAUUGGUGAGAAGCUGACAGGCGAAGAGGCAAAGGAGUUGAUCAAGGAGGUGGACAAAAAAGGGGAUGGGAAGGUGAAUUAUGAAGACUUUAAGGAGGCCUUCUCACACUUUGACAUGGAUGGCGAUGGUGUAAUCUCCACGAAGGAGCUGGGGACAGUCCUGCGCUCCCUUGAGCACGUUCUGAUCCACCUCCAGGAAUCCUUCACUGAUGAGAAGGUGGAGGACAUGAUGAAGCAGGCUGACUUGGAUAGAGAUGGGAAGGUCACCUUUGACGAGUUUGUGAAAAUGCUGCAAAGGAAAGCAUUUCUUCACCGCCGAGGAAAGCAACAAGGUGUGGAGGGUGAUCAGCAAGUUGGUGGGACAGAAGAGACCAUGGCCUCUCUGACGGAACAAGAAAUUGCUGAGUUCAAGGAAGCCUUUAUGCUCUUUGACAAAAAUGGAGAUGGGACCAUUACCACCAGAGAACUUGGGACCGUCAUGAGGUCCCUUGGGCAGAACCCAACAGAAGCUGAGCUGCGGGAGAUCGUUAAGAAGCUGGACACUAACAAAAAUGGUACGAUUGACUUCCCAGAAUUCUUGACCCUGAUGGAAAAUGCAAUGAAGAACCGAGAUUGUGAAGAUAUCCGGAAAGCCUUCCAGGUAUUUGACAAGGAUGGAAAUGGUUAUAUCAGUGCUGCAGAACUGCGACACAUCAUGACCAACCUUGGUGAAAAGUUGUCCAACGAAGAAGUAGAGGAGAUGCUGAAGGUGGCUGAUCUGGAUGGGGACGGGCAGAUGAAUUAUGAGGAAUUCCUGCGGAUCAUGUCCAGCAAGUGAAGAGUGCUACCAAGCAACGGAGCUCUUUGCACCCAAGAACAAACUGAGCUGGGGCACAUACAUCCUCCAUAGUGAGGCCUGGUGAGGACAGCCAGGAGAAUCAGUUCUGGUGGGAAAUGAUUGCUGGAGAAAACCUUAAUCAGACUUGGGGAUGCAAACUGAACUUCAACUGUUAGUAUUAAUUGGCUUUUCUCUGCUUCCCAGAAGGAAAAGAGUGUGGCAUUGGGAUCAAAUGAUGUUCUUGGCUUCAACUUCCAAAAAUGAUUUGAAAGAGGCUGGGUUUGUCGUCUUGUAAAGAAGCUAGACUUGAAUGUACAGGUAGAUUUCUGCAGAAUAUUGUCACCGGUUGCUCUUGCCCAGUAACUUAAC